AUGUUUGCUUCAACUUCUGUAAGAGCCGCUUCUCGCUCUUCUCCGAGUGCGAUAAAAAGGGGCUCUUUUGUCUGGUUCAGUUGUCUAGCACAAAAUGUUUUUGAUCUCUCUUUGCCAACCAUAACACGUUUUAGACAGUCUCUUUCUUGCAAUAUGUGUAUGCAAAGGCAAAGAUACAGUGUAUUGACGUCUUUCUUAGAAGUUCCAUGUGUAUCCUCCUCAUUCGAUUCUUCAUUGGUGCGGAGAUCAAAUAUUGUUGAGUGUCACAGUGUUCUUAGAAACUGUCUGCCUGCUAGGUGCAUGAGUAGUACAUCAAUUGAGCUGAAGACAAACAAUGAUGUUGUGAGGUUUUCAUUUGGUAAGCCACUUGAUAAAACUGGUUCCUCGACCAAAGGGAAGAAGAUGGCCAAACGAGCUGAAGUGUCCAAGAAGGCCAAACUGAAUGAACUGCGAUUUUACCGUCUAAAGGCCAAGAAGAAGAUGAAUUCUCCAAAUCCAGAAGUUAGAAUUAGAUACAAACUUGAAAAGGCAAAACGAAAGGAAGCAUGGUUGAUUGAGAAGUUGAUGAAAUUUGAGGUUGCCAAAGCCCCUGCUGAUAUACAUGAUCCUGAAAUUUUAACUGAAGAAGAAAAACAUUAUCUUAAGAGAACUGGUGAGAAAAAGAAGAAUUAUGUCCCAGUAGGAAGGCGGGGAGUUUUUGGAGGUGUGGUUCUAAAUAUGCAUCUGCAUUGGAAGAAGCAUGAGACAGUAAAGGUUAUUUGCAAGCCUUGUAAGCCAGGACAGGUUCAGGAAUAUGCUCAAGAGCUUGCUAGACUGAGUAAAGGCAUUGUGAUUGACAUAAAAUGUAAUAAUACUGUAAUUUUCUACCGGGGAAAGAACUAUGUUCAGCCAAAAGUAAUGUCACCUAUGGAUACACUAUCUAAAAAUAAGGCCCUGGAAAAAUAUAAGUAUGAGCAGUCCCUUGAACAUACAAGUCAGUUCAUUGAAAAACUGGGGAAAGAACUGGAAGAGUAUCACAAGCACCUUGCUCGGUUUAAGAAAGUAAAUGAGAAUGCAACACAAGAUUCUUUGAUCAACACAUGA